AUGGACCUCAGUGAAGGCCUAGCUGCUCUACAGCUCGAACUGGACAAGGAGCAGCAAGAGCUCCUCGCGCUAGUGGAGGAAACUCACUUCGCCUGGGAACAGAAGCUGCGCCUCUCCUUCUCACGGCUCCGCGUAGUUUCGAAGGCGGAAUCGUCGGAGUCGUUGCUUUUGGGCAAUGAAUCCAAAGAUGCGUCAUUGCCCCAGCAGCAUGCACAGAGCCUGAGCUUGCAAGUGGGUCAGGCAACAGCACAGCCGCAGGCUUCAGAAGUUGAUCCACUGCCCGUGAUAGCUCACGAACUGUUGGAAGUCUUGAUCAACUCACCACAAGGCAGUGGCAGUGUGGACCUAACGGGCUCGCCGAAGUCGGCUGUGCCACCGCCCCCAAGCACACAGAGUGGGAAAGCCCUGGCUCCGGCCAUGUCGGCCGUGGAUUUCCGAAUAACAGAAAGAUCAGGCGUGAGUGGCAUUGUCUGGAUGCGCAUGAAGGUCAAGAUGUACAUUGACUAUGUGGCUGGGAUCCUGGUGCUUCUAAACACCUUGCUUAUGUUGGUGGAGCUGGAGCUGGAAGGGAGGCAUACGGGCCACCGGCUUGGUAUGGCCGGAGGCCUCGCUUUUGAAGAAGCUGAACCUGUGUUCAGAUUUUUGGACGCCCUUUUCGUCUAUAUCUACUUGGUGGAGCUGUUUGUUAGGGUCUGGAUCACGUGGCCAGACUUCCAUCGAUCCUUUGCGAACUGGUUCGACACGCUGCUGGUCCUCUCCGGUUUGGUGGAUGUCUACAUCAUCGUUCCUCUCGCACAGGGCCAGAGUGGUGGCUUGAGAAACAUUGCGAUGCUGCGCUUAUUCCGGGCUGCAAAGUCAUUGAGGUCCAUGCGGAUGGUACGCACAUUUCGGCUUUUUCAAGGACUGCGCUUACUGGUCCAAGCAUGCACAUCCUUCCUGCCUUCGCUGGGCUGGUCUAUGGUGCUGCUUGGCGUCUUCAUGAUGAUGGGGGCCUUGAUAAUGGGGAAUCUUCUUCAAGACUGGAUCAUGGAUGCAUCCAUAGAGCUUGAAGACAGGCGCUGGCUCUGGUUGCACUAUGGCACCUCGUGGCA